AUGACGUCCGAGUCCCGCUUGGAGCCGAUAGCGGAAAGCAUCCCUAUGGUGCCCAUGGAACGGCUGACGAGCACCAACACCCAUUUGACUCAAAGACGGCAGCUGGUGGCAACAGUGGCCACCCAGGCUUCGAGGUGGUCAUCGCAGUCGCAGCUCCGCCAACUCGAUGAGGAGGCCAAGGCGGAACUUCCUCAUACCAUCUUCACCAAGCCGGAGAAGUACGUGAUUGUGGCGCUAGCGGGGAUCGGUGGGUUUUGGUCGACGAUCUCGCUGCCGAUCUAUCUCCCCGUGUUACCUGUACUCGAGCAGCAGUUCAACGUCAGUGAGGAGAAAAUGAACAUCUCGGUGGUGGUGUACCUGAUAUUCCAAGGGCUUGCUCCGGCAAUUUUCUCCACUCUCUCCGACCAGUGGGGCCGGCGGGUCAUCAUUUUAGUCUGUCUAGGCAUCUAUGUUUUGGCCAACAUUGGGUUAGCGUUGAACCACACCUACGGUGGCCUCAUCGGGCUCCGCUGUCUCCAGGCAUUCGGCGUGGCUCUGACGGUGACGGUGGGCAGCGGCAUUGCCAGCGACAUCACUCUAAAGGCCGACAGGGCGCUGUUCAUCGGCUUGUGCACGGGGCUUUCGCUUCUUGGCCAAGCGUUUGGGGCAUUGAUUGGUGGGAUGAUCUCCCUGGCCCUUGGCUGGCGGGCGAUUUUCUGGUUCCUUGCCAUCGCUCUGGGGGUGACGUUGGUGGUGAUCUACUUGAUGCUUCCUGAGACCACCCGGUCGAUCGUUGGCAACGGCAGCGUGCUACCGAGGAAAAUGUCGCUUGUCGCCACUGCUCCCAUCUUAGCCCUCCCCACCUUCAAAGCAAGGCUCAUGCCUCGAGGACAAACAAACUCGUCGGUGGUGGAGUCUAGGGCAUUCACGGUGUUCGCUCCCUUCAAGAUUCUUGCUCACGUCCCCGUGGUGUUGGCGUUAACGCCAAUGACGGUGUGCUACGUGUUGUGGUUGAUGAUGUUGACGACGUUGCUGACAUCAUUGUCAAAAUCCUACGGCUAUUCGACGUCGCUGAUUGCGCUUUGCUAUAUCCCCAGUGGAAUCGGGGGGCUUGUAGGGACAGUGCUGAUUGGGAAGAUUCUCGACUGGACCUAUAAAACUCGGUAUCUGGCGUAUUUAGCGUCUAAAGACCGCCAGACGAAGAAGGAUCCCAAGUUCAACAUCUUCAAGGCUCGUCUUGUGGUAUCGUUGUUACCCACAGUGCUUUGCAGUGCCGGAUCCCUCAUAUUUGGUUUCUCCAUUCAGUACCAGACACAUGUGCUGGCUGUAUUGAUAGCAUCGUGCAUGAUUGCGAUGGGAGCGAUGAUCUACCUAACCAUUUCCACCACUGUCUUAGUUGAUUUGUAUCCCACUCAGCUGCUGGGAUCAUCGCUGUGUGUCAAUUUGACGCGGUGCUGGGCGGCUGCGGUGUUCAUCGCCGUGUUGACCCAGAUGGUAGAUGCCAUGACCGUGGCCGGGUGCUAUGGGUUUAUGGCAGGUUUAUGUGCGAUGCUGGGGUUGUGUGCUGGCUACUUGUAUUGGAAAUCCGAAGAUUGGAUAUGA